CACUCAGCAGCAAACAGUUUGGGUUUUAAUCGCGAUGCCUAAUUUGGAUCUCUACUAUAUGCCCAGUCCCGGACCCAGUCGGGCUGUGGUCAUGACAGCCAAGGCUGUCGGUGUGGAAUUGAACAAGAAGCUCCUGAACCCCAAGUUGGGAGAGCACCUGAAGCCGGAAUUCUUGAAACUAAACCCACAGCACACCAUUCCCACCCUCGUGGACGAUGGAUUCGUCAUUUGGGAGUCGCGUGCCAUUCUCAUUUAUCUGGUGGAGAAGUACGGCAAGGAUGAUUCCCUCUACCCCAAGGAUCCUCAAAAGCAGGCCUUGAUCAACCAGCGACUGUACUUCGAUAUGAACACCUUGUACGAUGCCUUUGCCAGCUACUACUAUCCACUUCUCCGAACUGGCAGUUACGGCGACGCUGCAGCGUGGACGAAGGUGCAAAAUGCUUUCGAGCUGCUCAACACCUUCCUGGAGGGACAGGAAUAUGUGGCUGGCAGCCAGCUAACCAUUGCGGACAUUUCCAUUCUGGCUACCAUCGCCACGAUCGAACUGGUGGAUUUCGACUUGACGAAAUAUCCGAAUGUGGCCAAGUGGUACGCAAAUGCCAAGAAGGUGACGCCCGGCUGGGAGGAUACACUGGAAGGCUUAUUGUCCAGGAAACAUUUGUUUGAUGCCAAGAAGCCAGAGUUUAAGUAGAAUAUAAGUAAUUUUUAGUCUUAUUUUGAUUUGAUAACAUUUUAAAAAUUAUAGAAAACUUAACAACAAAAGAGUGUCGCAAAAUAUAUAUGGACUUGUUUCAAUGCAGAUAUAAA